AUGUACCAAGACCUUAAAACAUUGUAUUGGUGGCCUGGAAUAAAGAAGAAUGUUGCAGAGUUUGUUGCCAGAUGUUUAACAUGUCAGCAAGUGAAAGAAGAACAUCAAAGUCCAUUAUGGCUACUUCAACCACUUUACGUUUCGAAAUUGAAGUGGGAAGACAUAGCAAUGAAUUUUAUGGUAGGAUUACCUAAGACCACAAAACAACAAGAUUCUGGUUGGGUAAUUGUAGACAGGCUCACUAAGUCUACUCAUUUCCUGCCAGUUAAGACUACCUACUCGCUAGACCUGUACACUAAAUUGUACGUUAAGUCUUGGAGCCGAUACUUACCCCUUACGGAAUUCUCAUAUAACAAUAGUUAUCAGUCUACUAUUGGGAAGGCUCCAUGUGACAUGCUUUAUGGGCGCAAGUGUAGAUCUCCCUUGCAUUGGGAUGAGGUUGGAGAGAAACAAAUUUUAGGCCCUGAGGCUGUUAGGGAAGCAAGUGAGGUGAUUGAGAAAAUUCGUCAAAGAUGCAUACUGCUCAAAGUAAGCAAAAGUGCUACACAGACCUUAAGAGAAGGGACAUCGAGUUUUCAGUUUACGAGUUUGUGUUCAUAA